AUUCGAUAUCUCUUGGUUGAGUCCCACCAACAGAAUACUUGGAAAUUAUAAAUAAUGAAGAUAAUAGCAUAAGAACAACUAUGACUUGGCAAUGGGAGAAUGGAGUCACAAUGGGGGUUCAUUACAAACUUACAAGCUUUGGUUCAUCUGCACACCAAGGAAGGUAUUGAUGGAAAGUACCAGUAAGAUCAAUUAGGAUUAUGUACUGAAUACUUGACAUCUCGUGAUCUUUUCCCAAUUGGAACUUCUCCGCACGCACGUGACCUGCCCCAGACUCGCCGGCAGAUGCCCCACCACUAGUUCUCCGGCUCUAUCGAUUUCUCCUCUUCUUUCCCAUUUUCUUACGUUUCACAAUCCCCAUUGCUACUCUCUUCCUGAUCAUGUCUUGAAAACAAGCAAUCCCUUCAACCUUAGAACAGCUCUCAUUAUCAAGGAUGAAGUUGCUAGUCCUCGGACCCUGAACCUGCGUCGAUGCUUUGCUAUGUCCUCCACCGCGCAUAACAGCCAACCAUCCACCGGCAAUGGUGUGACAAAACGCAAGUCAGGCUCCGCAGCCUGUAUUCAUUGUCAUCGGCGUAAAGUCCGAUGCGAUGCUCGCAUUGUCGGCUUACCUUGCUCGAAUUGUCGCACUGCGGGAAAGGCCGAUUGCCGCAUCCAUGAGAAGAAAAAGCGCCUGGCUGUGCGUUCCAUUCUUGACCCAGUCCCCAUUCGCUGUCGUCCGACCCAUGACUCCGAUUCUACUCCCAAGCCAAUACCAUCUACACCUAUCCAGCCGAAUGCUUUCACAACUGCCUUUCGGGGCAUCCAACCCGACGUGACGAGUCCUGUCGCAGCCGGCACCCAGAUCAUCCAAUCACCACACUCUGGCUACACCAAUGGUAGCCAUCUCUCCAACAACCAUGAUUCCCAACCGAUUGCGGAAACCCAAACAUUCAAUCGCCAGCCGGGUGCCGACCGGUCCAUGGAACUGGAAAACAAUGCAGACUUGGAGAAGCGACUCGUGAAGUUGAUUGAUGAGGAGGAGUCGGGCAGUCGAGAAAUUCAAAGGGGUGUGAGGGCAAUAUAUGUUGGCCAUGAACUUUCGAACAUGUCAUUCUUGAUCCGGCAACAGCGAGAUAAAGACGACGAUGUGUAUCACUUCGCGGGCAAUGAAAUUCCUCGACGGCAAUUGAGAACAGGUCAUGACCAGCUCCUUAUGGAUGCCCUCACGUUGCCAGAACCAGCCCUUGCUGAUGAGCUGGUACAGGCGUACUUCACGCACGUAAACCCAGGGUAUCCCAUAAUUGAAGAGGAUCUAUUUAUGGCUCAAUAUCGUAAUCGUGACCCCGCCGACCCGCCUCCCAUAUUACUUCUCCAAGCCAUUUUGCUUGUCGGGGCCCAUGUCACACGUCCAAAAGCAGAGCGAGAUGCGCUCAAGGAAAUCUUCUUCCGUCGUGUCAAAUGGCUAUUCGACAGUCGCAUUGAACGCAAUCGUGAUAUUAUGGUUCAAGCUGCAUUGCUCAUGACAUGGCACUCGGACAGUGCCGAUGAUGACGUAGCGGCUAAUGCUCACUACUGGGUGGGUGUGGCUGCUAGAAUCGCUACAGGUCUUGGUAUGCACCGUAACCCAGUAUCUAGCAAAUUUGUACCUCGCGAUCGCCGGAUGUGGAGAAGGCUGUGGUACAUUCUGGUUCAAUUUGAUGUUAUGGUGUCAUUGUCAUAUGGCCGACCACAAGCUAUCAACCUCGAGGAUUCAGAUGUCUCCCCUUUGACCCCUUCUGACUUUGAAGGGUGUGGUUCUCGAGUGCAAGCCGAGUAUGUUAUUCACUUUUCAGAACUGUGUACGAUGAUCUCGUAUAUCGUGCGGGAACGGUUUGGGUUGAGAGUCAGCGCUGAGCGCCGCAAAGCUGCCUUGCAAGAAGCCGACGAAGCCCUUGCGAAUUGGUCCCUCAAGCUGCCAGAUAGUUUACGCCUACGAGCCUCUGAUAUGGAUCCAUGGUCUGCCAUGCUUCAUCUGACAUACAACAACUUCCUGAUUCUUCUUCAUCGGCCACAUCCAAGAGCUUCCGCAUAUUCAGAUGACUACGGUCCGCACGACGCAGAAAUCUGCAGUGCUGCCGCUGGAGUUAUCGCCUCCAUAUUCGAGGAACUCCGCCUGAACGACCGGCUGAAGUUCUUGUGGUACUCUGGAGUACAUACGCUCUUCACGGCAAUGAUUCAAGUUCGGGUAGAACUUCGAUUUUCCAAUCCUGUCCUCGCAAUCAACGCCUUGCGCCGCUUCGACUCGGCCUCAUAUUCUCUCCGUGAACUUGCGGAGUAUUGGUCUCACGCCAAUACCAUCUUAAGGUUAUUCCAAGACUCUAAACGACUCCAGGAGGACUUGCGCAUGGCUACCAGCGAAAGACCACGACGAUUCAGCACACAUGAUCAAAAUAAGAGCACAUCUAAUUCAUCUAAUCCCCAUCCCACCUCAACCACAAAUCCCAAUUCAAAUACCACUUUACAGAGCCCUCAGAAUGAGCCGCAACUUCCAUACGAAGUUCCUACCCCCGAAUCUCCGCAUAUGCCCCCAACCACCAUGAGUCCCCACCAGAACCAGCCAUUCGACAGCUGGAUCCCGUCUAGCCAUCUCGCUUCUGUAGACCCCAUAGACCAACCUAGAGAGUUUCUAGAUUGGCGACAGCUUUUUUCCUUUACCGAUCCAGAUCAGUCCGUUCUUCCCCUUCCCAUGGAAGGAUUGCCAGAGUUAGAAGAUGAAUGGCGCCAAAUAUAUUGGCAGGAAACUCCUAUGUCUGACCUUCUCCAGGACGGAGGAUGGAUGCAUGGAUAAAUACAUACUUUCCCAGCGGGUAUAUCUCGAUCGUUUUGUUCCAUUGGAUUUGACUAGAAUGGCGAUGUUAAUGAUACCUGUUUCGUCUUUGUUGAUGAUCAUAUGACUAUAAUGGAUUACACAUGAUACAUACAACUUACCGUAUAUAACUUCGCACCAAGUGC